CCACGUCACCGCAAACCCCGAUACAAUGAGCCCAUAUUUCAGCCGACAGAAAAUUGAGAGAGCUAUAGCGGAAAGGAAUGCAGACAGAAUCAUAGCGGAAAGGAAUCCGUUGAGGGAGGGUACUCUGCUGAACGGGACGCGAGCGUCUGGUUUAUUCGAUCAAGAAGUUUCACCCAUCGAUGUCGAUGCUGCUUUGGCAGUACUUCCCUAUCGGCCACCAUUCCGACCUCGACUUAUUCUCGACGAAGAAGACGAGAGCAUCUCCUUGUCGUUAACGCGUGGACUACAGACGGGCAAGGACAGAUGGGCACAAGUCUGGCUCGCAUCUGUACACAUUCCCAGGACCACCGAACACCCUCAGGUUGUUGUCAAGUUACUUCAAGAAGCAUUCUUUCCCCAUCCGGGUGAUGACAUUGACGACGACGACUACGUCACCGAAGGAGCUUCUUUGCACACUCCUAUAGGAAUAUGCAGAAAUGAAGCAUGGGCAUUUACGCAGCUGAGACCUUUGCAAGGUCUACUGCUACCGCACUCCUAUGGCUUCUAUCACCUCGAACUUCCCUGCGGCCAGAACGUGAUUGGACAUGUCAUGGAGUACGUUGAAGGACAUGCGCUCAAACGAGAUUAUCAAGGGAUGAUCGACGGCUCCUUCUAUUCGGCAGAGAGACGGAGUGAGAGCCGUGCUGCGGUUGUACAGCUUGCCUUCAACGUGUACUGUCUACAUCUAUGCGACGUUCAUCAUGGCGACGUAUCUCCUAACAACGUACUACAAAUACCUGGAAAGCUGCCCUUCUUCGUGUUCCUCGACUUUGCUCGAGCUUCCGCGUAUUCCGACAUCAUGUUUGGGACGAUGGACGGUUGCGGCUUGUGGACGUGCUCCGAAGAAUUGGAAUUGGGCGAGACUUUCUGUCCUUGGAUGGAGGAUGCACUGGUUAAGCACGAACCUUGGGCACUCUCCAUAUUAGGUGAUCUCAGUUUAACCCGGCAGCUCAAGCACACUAUCCCGGGCGCGGAGAGGGAUUAUGAAGCACAAGCGAUGCGGCUGAAAAAGAGCCAGGAUGAGAAAGGUCAGAACGAGGUGCAUUGAUGGCUGAACUACGUAACCCCAUUCACGAAGGCGUACUGUUGUUGUCUAGUACCGGUCAUAAUAUCCAUCAAUGUCCGC